CCACUUGUCAGCUCCCCGGGUUCCGGCGCCAUCGCGUUUUGGUUCCGGAGUAACAGCGGUCUAGCGGCCGCCUUCCUCCUCCUCCUCUCGGCGCCACCUCCACCGCCGAGACGCGGGCCUCAGUCGGCCGAUCUCGCACGCACCGCGCCCUCCGGUUCCGGCUGCGGCCCGGGACCGGUCCCCUGACUCCUCGGCCCUGGCCCCGCCCUGCCCGGAGGAGGGCAGGAGGCACCGGUGCACCUCCGAAACAGCCCCGACCCAGCUCACGGCGCCCGGCCACCUUCCCUUGCCCACCGAGCUACUCAGGACUGCAGGACCCUGGCCGCUGUACCUGCCUUAAACUAGGCCGUUACUCUGCUGUCUCUUCUUACCUACAAGGACUACAAAAUGCUUGUAGGUUCUGUUUUGUCCACUUUUGUAACUCCAGGACCUUCCGCUCUCUACUAAUUCCUCUUGGCCCGUACCCCUUCCCCAGUGCAUCCUCCUCCAGAGACACUCCACACGACCUGGGCCUGGUUCAGGGCCUGCAAGCUCCCUCUGAUCGCCCCUCUUCACUUCUCCCCACCUUCCUGCUCCCUGUUUAUCGCUUGCCUUCAGUUUAUCGUUCCUCUUGUCACUUCUUGGGGCUCCUCCUAAGUAGGGGCCAGUUGGGACCCCUUGCCCCAGGAUGUGAGACCCUUUAACCUGUAAUGCUGUGGCUGGCCCUUGGCCCCUUCCGUGCCAUGGAGAACCAGGUGCUGGUGAUUCGGAUCAAGAUUCCAAAUAGUGGUGCGGUGGACUGGACCGUGCACUCCGGGCCACAGUUACUCUUCAGGGAUGUGCUGGAUGUGAUAGGCCAGGUUCUGCCUGAAGCAACAACGACAGCGUUUGAAUAUGAAGAUGAAGAUGGUGAUAGGAUUACAGUAAGAAGCGAUGAAGAGAUGAAGGCAAUGCUGUCCUACUAUUAUUCCACAGUAAUGGAACAGCAAGUAAAUGGCCAGCUAAUAGAGCCGCUGCAGAUAUUUCCAAGAGCCUGCAAGCCUCCUGGGGAACGGAACAUACAUGGCCUGAAGGUAAAUACACGGGCUGGACCAUCUCAACACACCAGCCCUGUGGUCUCAGAUUCUCUUCCAAGCAAUAGCUUGAAGAAGUCCUCAGCUGAACUGAGAAAGAUACUGGCCAACGGCCAGAUGAAUGAACAAGACAUCCGGUACCGAGACACCCUUGGUCACGGCAACGGAGGCACGGUCUACAAAGCACAUCAUGUCCCAAGUGGGAAAAUUCUAGCUGUAAAGGUUAUUCUCUUAGACAUUACACUGGAGCUUCAGAAGCAGAUCAUGUCUGAGUUGGAAAUUCUUUAUAAGUGUGACUCAUCGUAUAUCAUAGGAUUUUACGGGGCAUUUUUUGUAGAAAACAGGAUUUCAAUUUGUACAGAAUUCAUGGAUGGGGGCUCUUUGGAUGUAUAUAGGAAAAUUCCAGAGCACGUCCUUGGAAGAAUUGCAGUAGCAGUUGUUAAAGGCCUUACCUAUCUGUGGAGUUUAAAGAUUUUGCACAGAGAUGUGAAGCCCUCCAACAUGCUUGUAAACACAGGUGGACAGGUCAAGCUAUGUGACUUCGGUGUGAGCACACAGCUGGUGAAUUCUAUAGCCAAGACGUACGUUGGAACAAAUGCUUACAUGGCACCAGAAAGAAUUUCAGGAGAGCAGUAUGGGAUCCAUUCUGACGUGUGGAGCUUAGGAAUCUCUUUCAUGGAGCUUGCUCUUGGGAGGUUUCCAUAUCCUCAGAUUCAGAAAAACCAGGGAUCUUUAAUGCCUCUCCAGCUUCUGCAGUGCAUUGUUGAUGAGGAUUCGCCGGUGCUUCCGCUUGAAGAGUUCUCGGAGCCAUUCGUACAUUUCAUCACUCAGUGCAUGCGGAAACAGCCCAAGGAGAGGCCGGCGCCUGAGGAGCUCAUGGGUCACCCAUUCAUCGUGCAGUUCAAUGACGGAAACGCCACUGUGGUGUCCAUGUGGGUGUGCCGAGCUCUAGAGGAGAGGCGGAGCCAGCAGGGGCCCCCGUGACACCCCAGUAGAACACUGACCACCAAGGACCAGUUAUCAGGACACAACAAGCCACGACCCCCGUCUGCUGUACUGGCCCAGCCUCUGCUCUCACCUCGUGCCCUAUCUAGGGAGCCCUCAAGAGGGCCAGCCUCUGCUAAGUGGGGGAGGGGACACUGACUAUGGCAGGUGGAGAUGGUGCAGGGUGGGGGUGGUGAGGUUAUAAAAAUAUGGAACCUCCCUGGCCCCAGCCCCUUAUCUUUGCCUACUGUUCAUUGUCAAGGGUCAGACCCUACCCACAGCACUGAUGCAAAUAAAAGUAUUAUUGCUUUG